AUGGGUUCUGGCCCAAUGCGAAGACACCAACAUAAUUCUCAGUUGGGAGAAAUGUCAUUUUAUGGUCAAGGAAGGCUUGCCACACCAUACCAUCCUCAGACAAGCGGCCAAGUUGAGGUAUCAAACAAUGAAUUGAAGCAAAUUUUGGAGAAAUCAGUAGGGCAUCACAGGAAGGAUUGGGUGGAUCAUCUAGAUGACGCACUUUGGGCCUAUAGAACAUCUUAUAAAACACCUCUUGGGGCAACUCCCUAUAGGCUGGUUUUUGGAAAAGCUUGUCACCUGCCAGUUGAGUUGGUGCACCGGGCUUAUUGGGCCAUCAAGCAGUUGAAUUGUGAUCACCACCUUGCCAAUCAAAUGCGGAAGUUUCAAUUAAGUGAACUGGAUGAGUGGCGUACUAUGGCCUAUAAGAACUCUUUGCUCUACAAAAAGAGAGCUAAGGAUUACCAUGAUCAACACAUUCAUUAG